AUGACGGGACCUGAAGCGGCUACCGACAACAAGCCAACCCAAGACCAGGGAAUGGCUGCGUAUGCGGCGCCCUCACUUUUCCAGCCUCACAACGCAAGACAGGCCAUCCGAGAUGCCCACGAGAGGAGAAUUGGCCCAAUUCUAUGUGUCUAUUAUGGUAUAAGCUCCGUACCAUUGGCACGAUUGUUGGCUCCAUUCGGGUUUGAUGCUGUUUGGAUUGACUGGGAGCACACUUCGUGCAAUAUUGAAACCAUGACCACGAUGGUUCAUGAGACCAUGUUUAUGUCUGGGGGAAAGACGAUCCCAUUUGUUCGUGUUCCUGGUCACGAUCAUGCAGCUAUCGGUUACGCGCUCGAUUGUGGCGCCAGUAUUGUCAUUCCACAAGUCGACACUGUGGCGCAAUGCAAGCACGUUGUCUCGGCCGCCAAGUAUGGUACUAAACAGAACGGCACCCGUUCAGCGCCCCCUUUCCGACUGAUUCCCGGAGUAACGGACAUGCCCAUGCUGGGCGAUGACCUACACAAGUCGGUCAACGAUCAAGCCGCCAUAAUGAUACAGAUUGAGACCCUUGAAGGCAUUAAUAACCUCGACGCCAUGCUCACCGAGUGCCCAGACGUCGAUAUCGUCUGGCUGGGCUCGCUUGACUGUCGUGUCAGCAUGAACUUUCCCGCAAAUAUGGGGAUGGGUGGUGAUGAACCGGAAUGGAUUGAGGCAGAAAAGAAGUUUACGGACACGUUGAAGAAGCAUGAUAAGCCACGCGGCGGUUUCGGUUUCGGUCCCGCUGUCAAGCAGAAGGCGGACCAGGGUUACUCAUGUUAG